AUGUAUUGGGACAAAGCUCAGGACCACUGCCGCAGUGUUUACACCGACCUGGCACCCGUCAGUAACAAACACGACAUGGACUUAUUUCUCGACGACGAUCGGAUUAACAACCGGAGUUUCUUUUGGAUUGGACUGAUGCGAAACCCGAAUAAUAAAGAUCAAUGGUUGUGGUCAGGAGGUGGCGAGGUGCGAGAGAACCAAUCCUUCUGGCUUCCCAACGAACCCAACAACCACCGGGGAACUGAAGAUUACGGAUGUCAAGGUGCAAAUGUAGGUUGGAAUGAUGCACCGUAUGACAGGUUAUUUUCGUUUUUCUGCUACAAAGUCCAUGUGGUGAGGGAGCGGAAGACCUGGGAGGAGGCUCUGGAUCACUGCAGGGAGCACCACAAGGACCUGGCUAGUGUGGCGUCGGACACGGAGCUAAUGCUGAUGGAAAAGGAACUGGUCAAGGCUUUGAUCAGCGAGCAAGUGUGGAUCGGGUUGGCGUUUUUGUCCGGGCAUUGGCUGUGGGUGGACGGGCAGCCGCUGGAGUAUGAAGCCUGGGGUCGGGGGGUUGCUCCUGAGUGUCCCGGUCCAAACGGCUGUGCUGCUCUGCUCGUGGAGGGAGAUGUUAAAGUUUGGAGUGCUCGCGGCUGUUCAACAAAGUUGUAUUUUCUAUGCUACUAG